CUCCUCCUGCUACUUCUCUUUCACCAUCAUGGAUUUCAGUGGGAAAUAUGAGCUGGACAGUCAAGAAAAUUAUGAGGAAUUUCUGGAAGCACUUGGGCUUCUCAGUGCCAAGACAGACCACAAAGUGGUAACAGAGGUGGUUCAAGAUGGCAACAACUUCACCUGGACACAAACCAUCCCCAACUGGUCCUGGUCCAAUAAGUUCACUGUUGGCCAGGAAUGUGAGCUGACGACAAUGACGGGCUCCAAAUUUAAGGCCACUGUCACUAUGGAAGAUGGCAAGAUUUCAAUACAAUUCCCUCAGUACCACUUCACAGCAGAGAUCACUGAAGAUAAGCUAGUGAUGAAUUGCAAAACUCCGGGAGAGAAGGGUGUGACAUUCAACAGAGUAAGCAAACGGAUUUAAUGCUGCGAGACUCGACAUGUUUCAAUAUAAAAGGAGGCUACAGGAGAACACAUCACGAAAAUGCCUGUUCCAGUAACUGAAGCAAGCUGAGGAAGUGGUCGUUUCUUAGUUCUGACUAAAAAGAAGCAGAGGAACGAGGCUACA